UCCACUUUGCCUGUCACUAUCUGCUUUGCUUUGAUACGGCAACAGCACUGGCAAAAGAAAGGCAUAAUCUCAAGAAUCUGCUCUCCAUCCAAGCAAAUGCAGGUUUUUUUUCCUUUCUUAAUAGGACCUGGUGGUGAAGGAGUCUAUCUGGAGUUGUAAUGAAGUAAUGAGAGAUAACUGACAACUAUAUUUUAGCACUUCCAAUCCAACCAGACUCAUAAUAAGCCAUUUCUCCGCAACUAUCUCAGGAGGACAAUUCAGUGUAAGGAAAAGCCAUCAACAUGCAGGCGUGCACUUGUGCUCUGGAGCUCUUCGGGAUAUUUUUGUCCAUUAUUGCCUGGCUUUGCUCACUAGCCACGACCCUCAUGCCACAGUGGAAGAGCAAGUCUACGGAGCUGCUGCUGAAAGAGAGCUACGAAACCGGCCUGUGGGAGAACUGUGUGAUGCAUGAGGGUGGUUCCAUGGAGUGCAGACCUUACGACGGCGUCCUGGGCUUGCCUUUAGACAUCAAGCUGGCCCAGAUGUUCAUGUGCAUGGCCCUGGCCACUGGCAUUCUGGCAGUGCUGCUCCCAAUUCCAGGACUGCAGGUGAUCAAAUGCUGCAUGGGGUCGGAGGAAGGUUGCCAAGCCAAGAAAGUCAUGAAGAUGAUAGGGGGCAUUUUUAGCCUGUUAACUGGAGUGGAAGUUCUGAUUCCUGUGUCAUACAUAGCUCACGAGACAAUAAUGGAGUUCUUUGAUGAGUCCGUGUCGGAGCAGGUGGCGAAAUGGGAUUUUGGUGAUGCUCUGUUCUGUGGCUGGGCUGCCAGCUUCCUUCACAUUGUGGCUGGAGUUUUGUUGGUCAGCUCUUGCUAUUGCUAUGUCCAUCCCAGGGCUCCUAAGAGGCAUGAUGUCAAAGCUAUCGCCUACUCUUCGAAAAGUACAUCCGAAUACGUCUGAGCACUGUACGGCCCCUCUCGUAGACCCAGAACGUCAGUCAGCUGUCCCUUUUGGACAGGGCUUGAGGAGACGUCUGCAUAGACAUUGUGAUUCAGGACAAAUCGACACAAUGUGGAGGUCUUCAGGUAUUCAGACUCUAGUGUAAAUAUAGCAAGUCUCCUUGGGUUAUGUUUUCUCAUUUUGGCUUUUCGUUUUACUAGGGGGAUCAUAAAAAAAUACAUAAAGUUCUGAUGAUGUAAAUGAACCAAUGUGAUUUUGAUACAGCAAAAUAGCAUUCAUUGCAAUUUUUUUUAUAAAUCUCUAUGUUUAUCAAGUUUGAAAACAAGAGCUAUUUUCUUACACAAAGUAUUAGCUGAAGAUUUUUGUUAGAUUUUUCACUGUGAAAUGAAUUUAUACUGUGGUUAUGCAACACAAGUUGUUUUUAAGCAUGAUUAUUAUUGUUAUCGUUUUGUUUAUUUCUUUGUUGUUUGACAAUCUCGUUAUUUCUAGUAGCUAUAAAUUCUAAAAUAAACAGAGUUAUAAUAUCGCUCCUCUUUGGAUAAGGUAAUGAAAGGGUGAGUAGGACAGUGUGCACAGGCAGAUUGCUGUGUUGCUCCUUAUCUGUUUGUACUUCCAAGAGGAAUUUUUGAAAUUGCUUUCAGUUCUCUAUAUCUUUCCCUGGCUCUUGGUUUUCAUAGCUGGUUAAUAACAGAUAGAUAGCUGGGUGGAGCAUGUGCCAGGAAGUACGAAAGGGAAACUGCAUUAUUUCACUGAAUUUGAACCUUUGCAUUGUCUGUGCAUCAAUACGUUAGUGAAUAGAUUUUUUAUUUGCAUCAUUCCCUGUUCAGAGUGUGUAUAGUAUAGUAUAGUACAGUAUAGUAUAGUAUAGUAUAGUGCAUAGCACAUAAAACAAAUGGCUUGACUCAUUUAAAGUGUAAUAAGCGAGACCAAGAAAAAAGGUUUUGGAAAAAGUAAGUAAAUAAAAGUGUGCUGAUUUACAUGCAAAUCCAUGAAACAUACAAAGAAUUUGAGAUUUCUGUAGGUGCAGUAAAUAUUUUCAUAUACAUAGCAAGUGAGGGACCAUGUGGGAGCCUGAUAAUCAAAGUGGAAAAAUCACUUCUCAGUCAACUGCGCUGAUUAGUUGUACAUUAUCAGCUGUGCCACACCUUGUAUACAGGCGCCUUCCUGCACAGACAGCAUCUACUGUUGUCGUCAGCAUGCUAUAAAGACCACAUGGCCAGGGUCCGCAUUUCCCAUAACCCUGUUGCCUGAAAAACAAACCAAGCUGUUUCCUCCAAGACAAGCUGAUUUAAGCAAAUAACCAUUAUGACGGUGGAAAUGGAGUAAUUAGCCCUCUGAUGGGCAUCAAAAUGCUUUCCUUGAUAUCUCUCAUCCGGUACAGCAAGUGUUAACAUAUUUAGGCGCGAGGGAGUUCAAGUGGGUUCUUUUGAUUAUUGUAAUUUUGAUGGCAUUUGAUUGAACUUGAACUGCUAAUAAAGAGUCGUAUAAAUGUUCAAAAUUUUUCAAUAAAAACUGUUAUGUAACUGCA